AUGUCCGACCAUGACAAAUCGACAUCUCACAGCAGCGACUCUCACGAUCUUGAUCGGUCGGAGUUGGCUUUCAACAAUAAAGGUGUUAAUGAAAAUGGAAAUACCGAAAAGACUGCGAAUAAACGAGACAUUGGCUUGGAGGAGGCGGGUCAACAACCACUGGAAAAGUCAGGAACAGAGGGAUCCAAUGCUUCCCAGCAAGACUCCAAAUUGGUAACGUGGAAUGGCCCCGAUGACCCAGAUAAUCCCAAAAAUUGGACCAAGAAAAAGAAAUGGAUCUCAAUGGGAAUUGUCGCAAUGUUCACCUUACUGUCCCCUGUGUCUUCGACAAUGGUAACACCCGCCCUGACUGCCAUCGGAGAAGAUCUCCACAUCACAGAAGAAUUCGUUCUUGAGCUGACUAUGUCCAUCUUCAUCCUCGCAUAUGCCAUCGAGCCACUUUUUCUUGGUCCCUUUUCAGAAACAUAUGGCAGGGCUGUUAUUCUGCAGCUUGCAAAUUUAUUCUAUCUUGCCUUCAAUAUCGGGUGUGGCUUUGCUCAGACCAAGAGCCAAAUCCUCGCCUUUCGGUUCUUUUCUGGAUUGGGAGCAAGUGUUCCGUUGGUAGUUGGUGGAGGAGUUCUUGGAGACAUGUUCCGAGCCGAGGAGCGCGGCUCAGCUAUGGCCAUCUUCAGCCUAGCUCCACUUCUUGGUCCCUCUCUAGGCCCAAUCAUGGGUGGCUUCAUCGCUGAAAAUACCACUUGGCGAUGGGUUUUUUAUGCCACCUCAAUCGCUACUGGGGUAGCGCAAGUCGCAGGACUAUUCCUUCUCCGUGAAACCUACGCACCUCGAAUUCUCAAGAGGAGCGAAAAAAACAAAUCUCUUCUCGAAGAUAUGCAAAUCGCAUUCGUGCGACCUUUCCGCCUUCUCAUCACCCAACCUAUUAUCCUCGUGCUCACUCUAUACAUGUCCUAUACAUACGGGCUCCUCUACUUCUUGAUGUCAACAUUCCCCGACCUAUGGACCAGCCCGGAUUAUUACAAUGAGUUCACGGGAAUCGGAGGAUUGAACUACAUUUCCCUUGGCCUUGGAUCUCUGUUGGGAACUUACAUCUGCGUUUUCUUGAACGACCGCACAUACCGCCGUCUAAAGGCCCGCAAUAAUGACAUCGGAAGACCGGAGUUCCGACUACCCUUGCUCUCCAUCACAGUCCUCUGCGUUCCAAUAGGACUUUUCAUUUAUGGCUGGACAGCCCAAACACACCAACAUUGGAUCGCCCCCAACAUUGGCGCCUGUAUAUUCAGUAUGGGAAACAUGAUGACGUUCCAAUGCAUGCAGACCUAUGUCGUCGACACAUAUACGCGAUAUGCAGCCAGCGCGAUGGCCGCUGUCUCCGUUCUACGGUCUCUGACUGCGUUUGGAUUCCCUCUUUUCGCCCCGUAUAUGUACGAUGACCUGCACUAUGGUUGGGGGAACAGUGUGUUGGCAUUUGUGUCAAUAGCCAUAGGUGUUCCCGCGCCUAUUUUUCUUUGGAAGUUUGGUGAGAAACUGCGAAAUGCCAGCCCUUACGCCACUGGUUAA